GCUUCAUUGCCGGUGUGGCGACUAGCGGUAAGGUGGGCGGUAGUAUGCACCAUCACAUAUUAAUCCCUCUUACACACUUGGAUGGUGCCUCCUGUCACACAACACCCAUUCAUUCCAGCGAAUUGUGUGGUGCAGCGCUGAAACAAGUGUGUGCAGGGCGUGGUGUGGCCUGUAUCACGCCUCAGAGCGGUGGGCCCAGUUGAGGUGACAUAGCAUGGAUCAUCGUCAUCACCAGCACCAGACGUGGUGAACAUCAAGUAUGGCCGAGUUUGAGGAGACCUGGACGGAGCAGAGCUUCUAUGACAAACCGUUAGCCGUGUGGCUUGCGGAGGAGGGCGGCACCAACCCUCUGCCGCUGGACAUCUUCACCGCUGCCAGUAUUGGUUGUUGCCAGCGGGUCAAGGACAUCAUCACUGAAGACAAGAAUGCUUGUAAUCAGAAGAACAUUGGAGGAUGGACAGCCUUGAUGUAUGCUGCUUACUAUGGUCACUGUGAUACAGUGAGGCAGCUGCUGGGACAUGGCGCCUCCCUCCACAUACGAAACCAUCAAGGUUGCAGUACACUCAUGUUAGCAGCAGUGUGUGGCAGUGAAGCAGCUGUGGAGAUGCUCAUUAAGGCCGGCAGCAUUCUGGAGACUCGUGACUGCCGUGAAUGGACAGCGCUGUUCCAUGCAGUCCAUGCAGGACAGCGUGGCUCAGUGCACACCUUGCUGCGUCACAGAGCUAAUGCCAAUGCCUGUGAGCGAGAGAGUGGCAUGACGCCUCUGAUGCAUGCAGCACGGCUGGGCGAUGCCGGCACUGUGGAAGUACUGCUGCGAGCUGGUGCCAGCACCACCCUUACCAACCACCAGGGUCACACUGCUGCCAGGGUGGCCCAGGAUGCUGGCUUCCCUGGCAUUGCUGCCACCAUCACCCAGUGGGCUGCACAGGGUCCCAAUGGUCCCAGCUUGUUGGAUGGACCUGCUACCCUGGAAGCCAAGUUGGGACACUCUAUGACCCCCAAAAGCAGAGCAGCCACAGCUCCAUCUGUUGACAAUGCAAGUGUCCAGCCCACGGACCUGGAAACCUUGUUGGAUCAAGUAGGAUUGAGUUCUUAUCUGCCAGUAUUUCAUGAGCAAGAUGUAGACCUGCAAAUCUUCCUUACCCUCACAGACCAAGAUCUCAAGGAGUGUGGAAUACAGAAGCUUGGUCCUCGCCGCAAGAUGACUUCUGCCAUCGCCCGCUGGCACAGUAAUGCACCACUGCGAAGCACUGUUGAAUGUGCCUAUGCUGACAAGCUGGAGGUUGAGAUGCAGGAACUUGGUGUGAAGCUGACACAUACCCUCAAAGCUUUAGAGCAAGCCAAGUCAAUGGUGAGUCAAGAGAGUGACCUGCGCUCAGUGACAGAAGGAUGGGUGGUGGAGGCCCGAAAACGCCUCCACCAGUGUUACCAGCAUGCUCGCCUACUCUCUGAACAAGUGGUAGCUGUCAGGCAUUGUGUUUCACUUCUCUCAGCUCAGGUGGGCUUGGUGCAGCCUCCACAUGGCCAGCCAUCACUUAUAGCCACUGCUAUGGACACUUUGGCUGCUCAGGUUGACUCUCUUCUAGCCUUAACAGAUCCUAACAUUCCAAGAGGUCCCAAGAAUGCCUCCCCCUCAAAGAAGCAACAUGGGCAUGUCAGUAAUUAUCUCAGCUAGUAAAUGCAUGUUCUGUAGUCAUCUUGGUACAUACACUGCUGUUUGGAACUUUUUUUAAUGUUAAAGGAAACAGACCUGUGAUGUGAAAUUCAGUGUGAUUAUUCCUUCAGCCAGUAAUUAUGAGUUAAGGAAAGCAAUUUUGUCAUUAGAAUUGACAAAAGUUUUAAAAGGUGCUAGACAAGGUUCUCCUUGACAAAUAGGUGUUAGGAUCUGCAACAUUCCUUUGAAGUUGGUUUGCUCUUAUGUACUUUUUUUUCCUCCAUGUAACUUCUACCCUAUCAUUUUUACACCAGUGACGUGUUCACGAAUAUUCUCGUCCAGAAGCAUCUGCUCUUUAUCUCCAUAGAGUGUUAGGUGAGUGACUGAGACUUACAGUACUACUUUAACCCAAGUCUAUCCACACUGUCCAUUGAAUACCUGAAUUAUUUGGUUAAUGUUGAUCAUAGACAUUGUGGGAAAGCCAGUGCCGAGAGACCUGAGUCACUGUCUGCCUGAUAUUGCUCUAUCAACACAUGUAUUUGCAUUACAAGCUGUAAGUUUAGCAUGCUAGCAGUUGCAGGUAAGUUUUCAUUUUCUACAGCUCCAAUAAACAUUACAGAAUCAAGUAAAAUGUCAAGGUUUCUUGAAACUUCAUAUCCAACAUAUGCAAUGACAGUUACUGAUAUAUUUUUAUUUACUGAUUUUCCAAGUUUACUUUGUUGUGAAAUUUUAUAUUAUCAGUAAACAAAUACUCAUCUCUAGUGCUUAGUCUAGAAAAUAUGUGGGAAUUGCAUUUUUUGUUAUAAAUAAGUUUUAAAGUUUCUUUCAGGGAAUAUACUGUAUAAGUUUGUAGAAAAAAAGUGGGAGUUACAUCUUAAGCUUUAAACAAAUCAUUGUUAUUUUUAGAUGGUUUAAAAAGUUUUCCUCUUCUUCAAUACUAUAAGGACUUGCUGGAUAUAUUGAAUUAUUUGCAAACAGUGGUGCUUAGUUAUUGCUGUUAAACUUGUCAUUCUGACAAAGAUCAAUAUCUUUACACUACAUGACCUUCCAGUUAUAAAACUGCCUCUUACAGUAGUACUGCACAUCCAACUUAUUUGCUCUUUUUUAUCUCACAUCCCUAUCUGGGCAUUGUUAACACUAACAGUCUAGUUUUUUCUGUCAUAAAGUAACAUUCUCUACACUUCACAUGUGAUUAGUGUAAUGUCUUAUGGUUUGUACUUAACUCUUAAAACUAAUGUCAACAGGAUGGAGCUUGUGCAAAUAUCUUUUAGUAUUUUGUAAGAUGAAUUAUUGCUCAGCAAUUGUGACAGGAAAGUGAAACUUAAGUGCCUUGAUAAUGUGAUAUAAAACAUGUAGACUGCAUUGGUUGGUUGCGGUGAAAGAAUGAAUGAGAAUGUCUGGAUGAAGUAUGAUAACCUUUUAAGCAAAUGAUAGAAUGCCAGUAGAUAUUGCAAAGUAAGUAGAUAUACUGUAGCCUAAGAAGAGAUUAUAUAUGGCUCUAGUGGCAUUUGAUAAUGCCACUGUAUUAUAGUUGGUGAUGAAAGUUAUUCCAAGCUGAUAUGGCUCCUGUCUUUUUGUGAACUCCCUUGUUAGCUUCCUCUCACUUCAAUAAGAAUAGAUCCUGUGGUAUAUGUGGUGAUAACUGAGUACAUAUUAUAUUUUAA